GCAGAAUUUAGGGAGUGCUUCUCCUUGUAUGCUCGCAAUGGACAGAUUCGCACCCUGGAUCAGCUGACAGUAAUUAUGCGUUCCCUAGGCAUGAGUCCAACUAUUUCCGAACUAAAAAAAUAUUUCAAGGAUAAAGGUGGCAAGAUGAGUUUCCCAGACUUUCUUGAUGUGAUGCACAAGCACAGUCAAAUGGAAAAAAUACCUGAAGAAAUUUUGGCAGCUUUUAGAGGUCACGACCCCAAGAAAACUGGAACCAUACCCGCACGAGAGUUGCGCCAUAUUCUUCUCCAAUGGGGUGAAUGCCUCAGUAACAAAGAAGUUGAGCAAAUUUUCCGUGAGGCCAACAUCUCUCCUAAUGGUGUUGUACGUUAUCAAGAUUUCUGCAGGAUUGUGUGUGCUCCAGUGCCUGAUUACUAUUAAGAAUGAAACAGGUUAAUUUACAAGACCAUAAAAGACCUUAAGAUAUGAAAUUGAGUGAUGUGAUUUUCAUCCCAAGCUGUAAUCAAGUUACCAUGUGAUUAUGUGCAGUAUAUCAAGUGUAGGGUAAUCUUAUAAAUGUUUUUUGUGUUCUAAAAAAAAAUAUGCAAUACAUACAUAGUAAACCUCAAUUUGCUUGAAAGUAAAACAAGAUGUAAAAUGGGGAGCUUAAUUUAUUCAUUGUUUCACCAAGAUGACUUCUUGAGAAAUAUGGGCACAAGCAAGGCUCAUCUAACAUGUCAUUGAUGUACAACACUGGGCUAAAAAAAAAAAAAAAAAAAAAAAGGCUUUUCAGAAAUUGACAAAAAUCAAAGGGACUUUAUGAAAAGCUUUUACUUUGGUUAAACAUAGUGAACAAAUAUAAAAAAGCAGUUUUUGUGUGUGUUGAUUUCUAAAAUCAAUUUAACAUUUAAUUUAACAUCAUUCAAAUUAAUGCAAGUUCUAACUCCUAGCCUAUGGUUAACACUUGCAUUGUUAAUGAUGAAUAGUUAAAUUAGAUUGCAAGAUACCCUAGUUGCAGAUAUGUAUGCCCAUAAUAAUUCUUUGUUUUUUCUUUAGGAAGCUACCUUGACAAAAAUAUUGAAUAAACUUCAGGUUUGCUCUGCAUAUGGGUUAAACUCUGUUGUUAUCCAGAGUUCACUCUGAGUUUGACCUAUUGAUUUUCUGCAUGUAAUCUUUUAAUAUUUAUCAAUAAGAGCAUAUUAUGGAUGUCUGUAUAAUUAAUUAAAUGAGUAAUGAUUUAUGUACUAUUUGUACCAUCUUGCAAAAAAAAAAAAAAAAUCUUGAAUGAAU